AUGGAAGUCACUUAUUCGAGUCUGAAGGGUAAGGCCUUCGUGGUGACCGGUGCGGCCUCGGGGAUGGGCAGAGCAAUUGCAUUGCGGUUGGCCGAACAAGGCUCCAAUGUUGGCCUACUCGACGUGAAGAAGCCUACUGAGGUGCAGGAGACAAUAUCGAAGAUGGAAGGAGGUGCUUCUUCCGUUGCCCUGGCAGUUGAUGUGACCAAGGCCAGCGAAGUGGACGCAGCCAUAAAAGCCGUCCAUGAUAAAUUCGGUCGCUUGGACGGAGCGGCCAACAUGGCCGGUAUUGUGGGAAAUAGAAAAAUGGGCGAUACAGGUUAUGCUGUCGAGUCAAUCACCGAUGAAGACUGGGAUGCUGUCAUGAAGGUCAACUUGGACGGUGUUAAGAACUCGAUGAGGGCAGAGCUUCAACUCAUGUCUGACUCUGGCUCCAUUGUCAAUGCCGCAUCCAUGUCUGGCCAGCAGCCUAAUCCCUGGCGAGCUCACUAUGGAACAUCCAAAUGGGCUGUGAUCGGAUUGACCAAAGCUGCAGCCGGGGAGGUGGGGGGAAAGGGAAUUCGCGUCAACGCUGUUGCACCUGGAAUUGUUAAGACACCUCUGACGGAAACUUUGGGGCAAGAAGCGAUGGCGAACUUAUUCUCCUCAAGAAUUUCGUUAGGUCGCCUGGCUGAACCCGACGAGGUUGCCAAAGUUGUGGUAUUCUUACUCAGUGACGUUCCCGGAUAUGUGACUGGCUCGGUCGUGAACGUCGACGGAGGUUGGCUGUAG